CUCUCUCUCCUCCUCCUCCCUCCGUCGCCCUCCACCUCGUCAACCAUGUCGACACACUCCCCCCAUCGCUCUCUCUCUCUCUCCUCGCUUCCCGUACCGUCCCAUCGCUUCCUUACGUAUAUUAUUCCCUUGCCCGUCUCCACCUCUCUCUCGUCCUCAUUUCGGCGCAACGCACUGGGAAGAACACCUUCUUCUCGAUCUCCGAGGCGAGCGGAACAGGGUCGAAUCGAGAUUCGCGUUCCAUGGUCGAGGGGGGCGGCUGCUGAUCCAUGUUUUUCAUCGAGGAACUCUGGGAGAUAUUGAUCCUCGAUCGCCUGAUGUCGAAGCCUAGGGUUUAUACAGAUUUCCUUUUCCGCUCUCAAUCCGCUUCCAAGUUCAAUGCCACCUGCCAGUCGGCGGAAUUAGAGGCUUGCCGCGAUGAUUCGGCUGCUUUCUCGCUCAAAUUCGUGGCCAUGGCGUCGAUCCUAGUGGCCGGCAUUGUUGGGAUCGCGAUUCCGCUGGUCGGGAAGCACCGGAAGUUUCUCCGGACUGACGGGAGCCUUUUUGUGGCGGCCAAGGCCUUUGCUGCUGGUGUAAUUCUUGCCACCGGAUUUGUCCACAUGCUGCCGGGUGGAACGACGGCACUCUCGGAUCCAUGCUUGCCUGAGUACCCUUGGUCGAAAUUCCCGUUUGCUGGGUUUUUUGCCAUGAUGGCCUCGUUGGCGACGCUUCUUGUCGAUUUUGUGGGGACUCAGUAUUAUGAGAGAAAGCAGGGUUUGACUCAAAAAAGUGAGGAACAAGGACGAGUUGGAUCUAUGGAUGCGAGUCUCGAGUCGGGUAUACUUCCAGGUGAGGAAAAGGAUCCGAAUGACAGGGUGUUUGGAGAAGAAGAAGGUGGCGGAAUGCACAUUGUGGGGAUGCAUGCACAUGCGGCUCACCACAGACAUAGCCAUCCUCAGGGACAGGAUGCAUGUGAUGGGAACCUGAUGGAAGACUCCCAUUCUCAUGGUCACAGUCAUGGGCAUAGUCACGGGCACGGGCACUCACAUGGACUGGGUGAUGGAGAAGGGGCUGGUCAUGCCCGACAUGUCGUCGUUUCUCAGGUUUUGGAGCUUGGAAUAGUGUCACACUCAGUAAUUAUCGGUAUAUCCCUCGGUGUUUCACAGAGCCCAUGUACUAUAAGACCCCUUAUAGCGGCACUUUCUUUUCAUCAGUUCUUUGAAGGAUUUGCACUUGGAGGUUGCAUUUCCCAAGCCCAAUUUAAAAACCUCUCGGCCACUAUAAUGGCGUGUUUCUUCGCCUUGACAACUCCGGCAGGGAUUGGUGUGGGAACCGCAAUCGCUUCAUCCUACAAUCCCUAUAGUGCCGGAGCGCUGAUAACAGAAGGUAUAUUGGACUGCAUGUCCGCCGGCAUCUUGGUGUACAUGGCCUUGGUGGACCUGAUUGCGGCUGACUUUUUGAGUAAGAGGAUGAGCUGCAACUUUAGACUCCAAAUGGUUUCUUAUUUAAUGCUCUUUCUUGGGGCGGGAUUGAUGUCUUUGCUAGCCAUCUGGGCUUGAUUUCAAUAAGAUAGCUUCUAAUUCUUUCGGCCCUCAUUUUCUGUCCUUUUUUCCACCGACUCCCAUCUUCCCCUCUCACUGAAAAUUUGGUUCUUACGAGUUU